AAGCCUCGGCCUCCCCUGGGCUACGUGUGAGGGUUAUCAAGGCUCAAGUCAGCUCAUCUCUCUCUGGCUGCUCUGGCACUUAGGAGAGGGUCUGUUUCCCUGCCCCUCUCUGGGUUUCCACCAAUUGGCAGGAACGAUCAGUCUGCUCCAGAGGUGCAAGCUGUGAGGAGUGAGGUCCCACCUCCACUGGAGACCCCAAGACAGCAUGCCUCCCAAGAAGCCUGAGCCCAAGAAGGAGGCUGCCAAGCCAGCCACAGCCGCUGCUCCAGCCCCUGCCCCGGCUCCUGAGCCCCUCAAGGACUCUGCCUUUGACCCUAAGAGUGUGAAGAUAGACUUCAGUGCCGACCAGAUUGAAGAGUUCAAAGAGGCCUUUUCCCUGUUUGACCGAACUCCAACUGGAGAGAUGAAGAUCACCUAUGGGCAGUGUGGGGACGUGCUGCGGGCCCUGGGCCAGAACCCCACCAAUGCCGAGGUGCUGCGUGUUUUGGGCAAACCCAAGCCUGAAGAGAUGAGUUCCAAGACACUGGACUUCGAGAUGUUCCUGCCCAUCCUGCAGCACAUCUCCCGCAACAAGGAGCAGGGCACCUAUGAGGACUUCGUGGAGGGGCUGCGGGUCUUCGACAAAGAGAGCAACGGCACUGUCAUGGGGGCUGAGCUCCGGCACGUCCUCGCUACUCUGGGCGAGAAGAUGAGUGAGGCAGAGGUGGAACAGCUGUUAUCUGGGCAGGAGGAUGCCAAUGGCUGCAUCAAUUAUGAAGCCUUUGUCAAGCACAUCAUGUCCGGGUAAAGCCAGAUGUCUCCAGGGUGCUUGGCCCUGAGUGAGCAAGGGAGAGACCUAUGGUGGCUGUCACAGAAUCUUGGGCUCACACCACGUCACAGCUCUAUCACCUCUCAGACCUAUAACCCUCCCUGUAAAUAAAGAGCCCAGCACCGAGUCUCACCAAUCCCUGGGCUGUUUUUAAAACCUA